AUGAGGAACCUACGUGCCGAAUUCCUACAAGUACUGGCAACGUUCAGGCAAGGAAUUUGUAUACCUUCAGGACUCAGCGAAGAGGAGAAGCAGCAACUCGAAAGAGAAGAAAUCCAGGAACAAAAAGUUUUCCUGGAGUAUAUAAAGUACCAUAUCCGCGACUUAGAGGAUCAACUCAAUCAACGAGAGGCGGGAGUGUCGCCGCUAGCGAACACUUCCAAGCUCGGGAGGAACAAAAAAAUAGUACUGGUAAGGGCUCCCAAAGCCUUGGAACCCAAGGACUGA